AUGGCAUCACCAAGAUGCGUUCAGGAGGUUUCCACAGAGAAAGACAGACUACUCUCCUCCAUGGGUGUCAGCUAUGGGUCUCGAGACCAUCUUGGAGAUGGAUCUAUUAGCUCUGAAAUCCACCGACACCAUGAGGAAGAGGAGGAAGAGGCCCUGAGAAGGAAGCUUAAAUAUUUCUUCAUGAGCCCAUGUGACAAAUAUCACGCAAAGGGACGCAAACCAUUCAAAUUAGGCCUGCAGCUGCUCAAAAUUGUCAUUGUUACAGUACAGUUGGUGCUGUUUGGGCUGAGCAAUCAAAUGGUAGUGACAUUUAAAGAAGAAAACACAGCGGCUUUCAAGCAUCUCUUCCUGAUGGACUACCAAGACGACACUCCUCAGGCUGUUCACACACAGAAAGAACUGCGUAGCCACAUCAACUUCGCUAUUGAGCAGUACCUAGCUCUGCCUCAGAUCUCACUUGGACAGUAUGCCUACGUGCAAGGUGUUGGAGUGAAUGGAAGUGCUCUAUCACUCUGUCAGCGGUACUAUAGAAGGGGCACCAUUGUCCCCGUCAAUGACACUUUUGACAUCGAUCCUCAUGUUGUCACUGAAUGCAUCGGACUCGAUCCUCCAUACUACGGCUCUACUCCUAGAAACAGUGACUACAAGAACUUCACUCUCAAUUUUUACAAGCUGAUCAAUGUAACAGUUGACUUUCAACUUAAAGCUAUAAACAUUCAGACCAUCAUAAACAAUGAGAUACCAAACUGCUACACCUUUGCUAUCACGAUCCUUAUGGAUAACAGAGCUCACAGUGGGAAAAUAAAGAUCAGUUUACAAAACCAGGCUUUCAUAAAGGAAUGUAAGGACCCUAACGUGUCUGGACAUGCGGACAACUACGCCCGAGAGUUCUUUGACGUGUUGGUUGCACUCGUUUGUCUGCUUUCUCUGUUGCUGUGUGGACGCUCCAUCCUCAGAGGUGUCUUUCUGCAACACGAAUACGCACAGUUUUUCCAGAGCAGACUUGGCCGUGGUGUGAGCUGGGGUGACAGAAUGGAAUUUAUCAAUGGCUGGUAUAUUCUGCUCAUCGUCAGCGACAUGUUUACUAUCAUUGGCAGCUUCAUCAAGAUUGGAAUUGAAUCCAAGAAUCUGUCGUCAUAUGACGCGUGUGCAAUCCUGCUGGGAACGUCCACUCUCUUGGUGUGGGUGGGAGUCAUUCGCUAUUUCAGCUUCUUUCAGAAAUACAAUAUCUUGAUUGUGACCCUCAGAGCUGCCUUUCCUAAUGUUAUUCGCUUCUGUUGCUGUGCAGCAGCCAUAUAUUUGGGAUACUGCUUCUGUGGAUGGAUUGUCCUGGGGCCAUAUCAUUCAAAGUUUCACUCCCUGCCCAUGGUGUCAGAGUGCCUCUUUUCUCUGAUCAAUGGCGAUGACAUGUUUGUGACGUUUGCUGAGAUGGAGCAGACCGGCACGCUGGUGUGGAUCUUCAGCCAGGUCUACCUUUACACCUUCAUCUCUCUCUUCAUCUAUAUGGUACUAUCUCUCUUCAUCGCACUCAUCACGGGAGCCUACGACACCAUUAUGGCUCAAACACAGGAGCAGGUACGCGUCACAGAUCUUCACGCAUUCAUUGCUGAGUGCACGGACACACCGAGCUCUGGGAAGUUCCGUAGUCCAGAGGGGUCUUCGUGCUCGUUCUUCUGCUGCUGUGAUUGGUAA